UUCAGUUAAUUAAUAUUAGAGUAACCUUGUGUAUUAUACUUUAACGCACUACUGUAACGUUUCUUAUUAAUAAUAAUUAUUCAUAUACUUUAACCUAUUGAUUAGUUGUUAUAUUAAUGCUAGGCUGCGUUCCGAAAUCGGUUUCGGAAACUUUGAUUUAGUUAUAACUUAUAAGGUUGGUAGGCCUUAAACUAACUGAACUGCGUUCCGUAAUCAACCAGACGAUUCAUACAGGAGAUUCAGGAAGAAAACUAUCGAAAUAAUAAAAACUACUUUGUACACAUUUUGUAAAAUGGAUCUCAAGAAGAAUAUACAUUAUAAAGAGUCUACAAAACGACAGGAAAACAAUAAUGAAGUAGUCCAAUUAUUAUUAUGUGAUGGCGAAGUCACUUAUACAUUAUAUGUAUUACCACAAAUACAUGCACGUGCCCUUCAAGAUAUAAAGUUUGCAUCAACUCUUCUGGAACAGCACAAAGCUGCAUUACGAAUACAAGAAACAAAUGCUUUAGAUACAAAUGAAGAAUGCAUACAGAAUGAUAGUGAACAGGACAGCAGUGAUUUUGAUAAAGAAAAUUAUGGUGCCUCUGACUAUUCAAGUGAGAAUUCAGGUAAUUUACGUAUUUACUGGACAAAUGAAGAAACUCUGUUACUAUUAAAUUUAUAUGAAAAGUACAGCGCAUUACUAGAUAAUGAAGAGAUGAACAAUAGAGCGUUUUGGAAACAUGUGCUUCAUGGCAUGGAAAAAGAGGGAUACAAAUUUUCUCUUCAACAAUGUAAAAAUAAAAUGAACAACAUGAAAAAGAUGUAUAAAGAUGUAAAAGACCACAAUGCUAGAAGUGGCAAUGACAGAAAAACUUGCGACCAUUAUGAUAUUUUGAAAAAUUUAUUUUCAAAAAAAGCUUGGAUAAAGCCGGUUUCUACAGCAGGUUCAGAUAUUCCUCUAAAGAAAGCAGUAUUAGAAGAAAAACCAUCAAGUUCAAUUCAUUUUUUAGAACAGCAGAAAAAGCAAUGUGAUGUGAAAUUAAAUUUUUUAGAAGAAUAUAAAAGACAUAAACAGUUGCAAAGAGACGCAACUUAUGAUUAUAGAAACCAAAAAUUACAGCUGUUAAAAGAAAUUGCGGAAAAAAUGACAAAAUGAAAAGAGAAUAAUUUGCGUUUUUUCUUUUUAGUUUCGUUCUUUUAUUGAUUUUUGUAUUGUUUAAUUUUACAACUUUAAAGACUGAUAUUGUAUUGUUUUCUUUUACAACUUUAAAGACUGUUUACUUAGUUACUCUCAUAUUGAAAAUGUUUAUUUAUUUUAUAGUUUAAUGGCAACUAUUAUAUAAUUUGUUCACAGUACAUUUGAAGAGUUUAAAAAGUUAUUAAACAAGAAUA